AUGACCGCCUCCAUUCACACCCCCGCUCCCACUGUCCAGGGCCCGCCCAAGGCCGUGUGCGUGUUCCUGGCCAGUGCGCAGGGUUACCUCCCCGGGCAGGCCAAUGAGGCUGCCGCCAAGGUGGCCACCACCGACUCCACCGAGGCUGGCCGCGAUUCCAGCGCCGGGUCCGUUUCUCCCUACGUCCUGCUGGCCCGCGAGGCCGGCGAGCGUCUGGCCAAGAACAACGUCGACAUUGUGUACGGCGGCUCCCGGCUCGGCUGCAUGGGCGCCCUGGCUGGCGGGUGUCUCGGCGCCGGUGGCCGUGUCAUCGGUGUCAUCCCCAAGUUCUUCGAGUCCAUGGGCGUUGAGCCGGCUCCCACCAACAUUUCCGAGCUCCACAUUGUCACCUCCAUGCACGAGCGCAAGCAGAUGAUGACCAACCUGUCUGACGCUUUCCUCGUGCUGCCCGGCGGCCUCGGCACUCUGGAUGAGCUGUUCGAGACCAUCACCUGGCGCGCCCUCGGCGUUCACGCCAAGCCCAUUGUCAUCCUCAACUACGAGGGCUUCUACGACCACAUCCUGGCCUACGUCAAGGCCGCUUCCGAGCGUGGCAUGAUCAAGGUCGCCGCCUGGGACGAGGGUGUCAUCGUGGUCAACACCCUGGAUGAGGCCAUGGACGCCCUGAUGUCCGGCCGUGGUCGUGGGACUCGUAUUGUCCCGGCUGCCGCCGACUCCAUCAAGCAGUAA